AUGUCUGAGGAGGUGGCCCAGGGUCCCAAGGAAAGCCCGCCGGCGCCGCGGCCGGGCCCCCGCGAGGUGUGGAAGAAGGGCGGCCGUCUGAUGUCGGUGCUACUGUCUGUGAACGUGCUCCUUCUCGCCUGCACUCUCAUCAGCGGUGGUGCCUUCAACAAGGUGGCCGUGUACGACACCGACGUGUUCGCGCUGCUCACCACCAUGAUGUUACUCUCUGCGUUCUGGAUCCUCUUCUACGUGCUGCGCACUGCGCGCUGCCCUGACGCCAUUCCCUAUCGCGAUGCGCACGCCGGACCCAUCUGGCUCCGAGGAGGGCUGGUGCUGUUUGGUAUCUGCACUCUCGUGAUGGAUGUCUUCAAGACUGGCUACUACUCCAGUUUCUUUGAGUGCCAAUCAGCCAUCAAGAUCCUGCACCCCAUCAUCCAAGCUAUGUUUGUCAUUGUCCAGACCUACUUCCUCUGGGUCUCUGCUAAAGACUGCAUUCAUGUCCACCUGGAUCUGACCCGAUGUGGUCUCAUGUUCACACUCACCACCAACCUGGCCAUAUGGAUGGCAGCGGUGGUGGAUGAAUCGGUGCAUCAAGCCCACUCCAACAACAGUCCUCACACCAAUGGCAGCCAGGCCCGCCUCACCCAUGACGCGGAACGUGCAGGUAACCCAGUCGGAGGAGACCCCUGUCCUUGCAACACAGCCAUUUGCCAGAUCUUCCAGCAGGGUUACUUCUACCUGUAUCCCUUCAACAUCGAAUACAGCCUCUUUGCCUCUACCAUGCUCUAUGUCAUGUGGAAGAACGUGGGACGGCUGCUGACCUCCUCCCAUGGCCACAGCCAUGCCCCAUCCCCGGUCAGCCUCUUCCGGGAGACCUUUUUUAUAGGCCCCAUCCUGGGCCUGAUGCUCUUCGUGGUGGGGUUGGCUGUCUUCAUCAUCUAUGAGGUCCAAGUGAGUGGGGAGGGCAGCGAAACUCAGCAGGCCCUGGUCAUCUACUACAGCUUCAACAUCGUCUGUUUGGGGCUCAUGACUUUGGUCAGCCUGAGUGGUUCGAUCAUCUACCGAUUUGACCGUCGGGCCAUGGACCAUCACAAGAACCCCACUCGCACCCUGGAUGUGGCCCUGCUGAUGGGGGCUGCCCUGGGCCAGUAUGCCAUCUCCUAUUACUCCAUUGUGGCCGUAGUAGUGGGCAUGCCCAAAGAUCUGCUGGGGGGCCUCAACCUUGCCCACGCUUUGCUUCUGAUUGCUCAGCACACCUUCCAGAAUGUGUUCAUCAUUGAGAGCCUCCACCGGGGACCACCAGAAACUGAGCCUCAGGACACAGCCCCCAAAGAGCCCUGCCACGGCCUAACCUUUGCUAACCUGGAUGCCCUGCAUACCUUACCCUCCUGCCCACCCACUCCUAGGCUGGUAGGCCCCAGUUCCACAGGCCCCCAGGAAGCAGAGGCCAUCAUCUUGGCUCCCAGGGGCCACUGGAGACGCCGGUGCCUGAAGGACAUCUCUUUGUUUCUCCUGCUCUGCAAUGUCAUUCUGUGGAUCAUGCCUGCCUUCGGUGCCCGCCCUCAUUUCAGCAACACGGUGGAGGUGGACUUUUAUGGCUACGCCCUCUGGGCAGCCAUCGUCAACAUCUGUCUACCAUUUGGCAUCUUCUACCGUAUGCACGCCGUCUCCAGCUUGCUGGAGGUCUACGUGCUGUCCUGA